AUGGGCUGUGAAGACUCCUUCCAGGCUACAGCUGCCUUGAUCCGGAGCAUUGCCCAGCCACAGCUUGCCCCAACCGACGAUGCAAGCGUUUCGCCCAAAAGCCAGUCUAAUGGCCUAGAUCCGAAGAAGAUCAAAUUGCCUGGUGACGCAUCGCCCGGGAAAGCAGAGCUGGAAUCCGAAAUACAGGCUCUCAUAGCUCGUGUUCAUGACCUAGAGAUUAAAGCACAAUCCACAAAACCCCAACGAUCACGGCGAUUGAAACGUAAAUUUGCCAAAUCGGUCAAAGACGAUGUUUCCGAUGAAGAAGACGAUGAUGAUGACGACGAGGACGACGACGAAAGCACCGAAGAGGACGACGACGACGAUGUCGAACCCGACGAAACUGUUGAACUUCGCCGUUCCCUUAUACCAACCGACGCCGACGCCCUUCGCCAUAUCACCACCCUUCACAACUAUGUUAAAAAACAGGCCCAUGAGAUCAGUGUGCAAAAGGGCAUCAUCGCCCGUGUUAGAGACGAGCUCCAAUUACAAGAAGAACAUACGCGACGCACCUUGGUCAAGGUAGAACACGAAGACGUCGGUGUCUUGGAACGAGAACUGCGAAAACAUCAACAGGCCAACGAAGCUUUCCAAAAGGCCUUGCGUGAAAUCGGUGGAAUUAUCACUCAAGUCGCCAAUGGUGAUCUCUCCAUGAAGGUGCAAAUCCACCCGCUGGAAAUGGACCCUGAAAUCGCCACUUUCAAGCGUACUAUCAAUACCAUGAUGGACCAGCUGCAAGUCUUUGGUAGUGAAGUGUCUCGUGUCGCCCGUGAAGUCGGUACCGAAGGAAUCCUCGGAGGACAGGCUCAAAUUACUGGUGUCCAUGGUAUUUGGAAAGAACUUACUGAAAAUGUCAAUAUUAUGGCCAAGAAUUUGACCGACCAGGUGCGAGAAAUCGCGACCGUCACCACUGCCGUCGCCCAUGGUGAUCUUUCCCAGAAGAUUGAAAGCCGUGCCCACGGUGAGAUUUUUGAGCUCCAACAGACUAUCAAUACCAUGGUGGACCAACUUCGUACUUUUGCGACCGAGGUGACUCGUGUCGCCCGUGAUGUCGGAACAGAAGGUGUGCUAGGUGGUCAGGCCCAAAUUGAAGGUGUGCAAGGAAUGUGGAACGAACUAACGGUCAAUGUCAAUGCAAUGGCCAACAACCUUACCACGCAAGUGCGUGAUAUUGCUACAGUCACCAAGGCCGUCGCCAAGGGUGAUCUGACCCAAAAAGUGCAGGCCAACUGCAAAGGCGAAAUUGCCGAGCUCAAGAAUAUUAUCAAUUCCAUGGUGGAUCAACUGCGCCAGUUCGCCCAGGAAGUCACCAAGAUCGCCAAGGAAGUCGGUACAGACGGUGUACUCGGUGGCCAGGCUACCGUGCACGAUGUCGAGGGUACCUGGAAGGAUCUUACCGAGAACGUGAACAGAAUGGCCAACAAUCUUACAACCCAAGUGCGUGAGAUUGCUGACGUUACCACUGCCGUCGCCAAGGGAGACCUGACCAAGAAGGUCACCGCCAACGUCCAGGGUGAAAUUCUAGACCUGAAAAAUACCAUUAAUGACAUGGUGGAUCGACUAAACAAAUUCGCCUUUGAAGUGAGCAAAGUGGCCAGAGAAGUCGGCACAGAUGGAACCCUUGGCGGUCAGGCCAAGGUCGAUAAUGUAGAGGGUAAAUGGAAAGAUCUCACUGAUAACGUCAACACCAUGGCGCAGAAUCUUACCUCCCAAGUGCGAGGUAUUUCCGAUGUCACGCAGGCUAUUGCCAAGGGUGACCUUAGCAAAAAGAUCGAGGUGCAUGCGCAAGGAGAAAUCUUGACACUGAAAGUGACCAUCAAUAACAUGGUGGACCGUCUAGCCAAGUUUGCUACUGAGCUCAAGAGAGUUGCUCGCGACGUCGGUGUCGACGGCAAGAUGGGUGGUCAAGCAAACGUCGAAGGUAUCGCUGGUCGAUGGAAAGAAAUCACCGAAGACGUCAACACCAUGGCCGAAAACCUGACUUCACAGGUCCGUGCCUUUGGAGAAAUCACCGAUGCCGCCACUGAUGGUGACUUUACGAAACUGAUCACCGUCAACGCUUCUGGUGAAAUGGACGAGCUGAAACGCAAGAUCAACAAGAUGGUGUCGAACCUGCGUGACAGUAUCCAACGUAACACCGCAGCCAGGGAGGCUGCCGAGUUGGCCAACCGCACCAAGUCCGAGUUCUUGGCCAAUAUGAGUCACGAGAUCCGAACCCCCAUGAACGGAAUCAUCGGCAUGACUCAACUCACCUUGGACACCGAUGAGCUCAAACCUUAUCCCCGGGAGAUGUUGAACGUCGUUCACAACUUGGCCAACAGUUUGUUGACCAUCAUCGAUGAUAUACUAGAUAUCUCCAAAAUCGAAGCCAACCGGAUGGUCAUUGAGAGUAUCCCAUUCACAGUCAGAGGAACUGUAUUCAACGCUCUCAAGACGUUGGCUGUCAAGGCCAACGAAAAAUUCCUCAACCUCGCAUACCAGGUGGAUAGCUCCGUUCCUGAUUAUGUUAUCGGUGACCCGUUCCGUCUUCGCCAAAUCAUCCUCAACUUGGUUGGAAAUGCCAUCAAAUUCACCGAACACGGUGAAGUCAAGCUCACAAUCAGCAAGUCUGAAAGGGAGCAAUGUGCUGUUGACGAGUAUGCUUUCGAGUUCUCCGUUUCGGAUACUGGAAUUGGAAUCGAAGAGGACAAACUUGACCUGAUCUUUGAUACCUUCCAGCAAGCAGAUGGGUCGACCACUCGUCGAUUUGGAGGCACUGGUCUUGGACUUUCCAUUUCGAAACGUUUGGUUAACCUUAUGGGUGGUGAUGUUUGGGUUACAUCCGAAUACGGCCAUGGCAGUACCUUCCACUUCACCUGUGUCGUGAAGCUCGCAGAGCAGUCCUUGAAUGUCAUCAGUUCCCAGCUGGCGCCUUAUAAAAACCAUCGUGUCCUCUUCAUCGACAAAGGACACACUGGGGGUCACGCCGAGCAAAUUACACAAAUGCUCAAGAGGCUGGACUUGGAGCCUCUUGUCGUCAAGGACGAGGACGAGGUCCCACCACCAGAAAUUCACGACCCUUCAGGAAAAGAAUCAGGCCACGCAUACGAUGUCAUCAUUGUCGACACGGUCGAUACUGCGCGCCGCCUGCGAACUUUUGAUGAAUUCAAAUACAUCCCCAUUGUCCUGUUAUGUCCAGUUGUAUCCGUGAGCUUAAAGUCUGCUCUCGACCUGGGUAUUACGUCUUAUAUGACAACGCCAUGCCAGCCUAUUGAUCUUGGAAAUGGCAUGAUACCAGCUUUGGAGGGCCGGUCAACGCCCAUCACUACUGAUCACUCGCGAUCAUUCGACAUUCUCCUUGCCGAGGAUAACGAAGUUAACCAAAAGUUGGCCGUCAAGAUCCUUGAGAAAUGCAACCAUGGAGUCACCGUGGUGGGCAAUGGCCAAGAGGCCUUGGAGGCUAUUAUGCGGAGUCGAUAUGAUGUCAUUCUCAUGGAUGUUCAAAUGCCUGUCAUGGGUGGAUUCGAAGCCACUGCAAAGAUCCGAGAGUACGAACGGGAGAACAACCUGUCUCGAACACCGAUCAUUGCCCUUACAGCCCACGCCAUGUUGGGAGACCGGGAGAAAUGCAUCCAGGCCCAGAUGGACGAAUACCUAUCGAAGCCAUUGAAGAAGAACCAGAUGAUCCAAACCAUUCUUAAAUGCGCAACGCUUGGUGGGAAUUUCCUCGAGAAGAACAAGGAAUCCCGACUAUCAGGCGAGGGACACUCUGGACACCAUGAUGGACGAUCUCAGCGACCGGGAAUGGAAGGUCGCGCCAUCACUGCCUCUGCCUCAAUCACAAAGGGGCCAACAGAGAACACGGUCUCUCAGAGGGAACAGGACGUUGAUGUAGAGCGGCAGAAGUUGUUGCUGCGGUCUCAUAGCAGCUAA